UUCAACCACCCUUAUUACUUCCACCUUUAUGAAUUCCCCAUCUUCAUUAAUUCUCUCUCCAUCUCACCCUCUAUCAUAUCACUUCCACUCAUCUCCCACUCUUCAAAAAAAUCGUCACUCUGGAUCCUUCCUUCCCUUCUCAAACUGAAAACUCUCCUUCUCUCUCUUGACAUUUCUGGAUGCUUCCCUUCAGAGACUCAAACCUCUCUCUUCACUCGCCUUCCCUCUUCACUCGUCUUCCCAGGUUUUAUUCAUUAAAAAAAUUAAGCGGGCGAAAAUUAGGGGUUAUUGAGGUUCGAUCUAGUUUAUUAAGAUUUGAAAAAUUAGGGUUCUUGAGGUUCGAUCUGGUUUAUUGAGGUUCGAAAAUUUAGGGUUCUUGAGAUUCAAUAUGGGUUCUUGAGGUGCGAAAAUUCUGGGUUCUUGAGGUUCGUUCUGGGUUCUUGAGUUUCAGACCGGUGACCCCUACUUUCUCUCUCCUUAGAUUUGAUCUUCAAUGAAACGUUUUGAAUGUUUCAACUACAUAAAAUAUGAAAUGGGUCCCUUAGUUGAAAGUGAGGAUGUGGAUAUGUCAGAGCUUGAUGAUGAAGAACCUGAGCUUGAUGAUUAUCUGAAAGAGCUUCUUUAUAAAUAUCACAAUCCCCGUGAGGCUCCCCUAUUUGUUGGUGAGGAGUACGUCCCACACGCUCCCAGUGAGACUCCCCUGUUUGUUGUUGAGGAGACUGCUAUACCUGACACGCCAGAAGGGAUAGUCUCCUUCAACCCGCAUGAGCGUCGACCGGGAGAUUUGUCCCGCCAUCGUAGAAUCAGGCCAAGAGAUUAUGAUGCCUCUUCCGCAUCCUCUGAUCCUCCAUCCUCUAGUGUUGUUCGGGCCCCGUUUUUCCCGCCUAGAAAUCAUUAUAUGGUCCAGUUACUAUGCCCUGGGAUUUUCUGCAAUCUUACUACACAAUCAGUGAGGUAGUGAAGAGACGAGGUAUUUAUUGUAAACUGCUUAUGGUUAAAGGAAGCUCGUGUUUUGGAAAAAAAAUAGAGGAAGAGGAGUGACUACUUUCUAGCAUUACUGGUUAAAGGAAGCUCGUGUAAAAAUCAGCUAAGUAAUUUCUUAUUUAAACAUCAUUAUUGUACUUCAUUUGCUGGUUUGUUGGUUGGUGGUUGUUGGAUUUCUUGUUGGUUGUCUGUUGCUGGUUGCCUGUUGUUGUUGGUUGUCUGUUGCUGGUUGCCUGUUCUUGUUGGUUGCCUGUUGCUGGUUGGUUGUGUUGGUUGUCUGUUGUUGUUGGUUGUCUGUUACUGGCCAUGGGUUUUGUUGUUGUGAUAUGGUCCGUCAAGUGAUGAUCAAUUUCAUUUUGAUACAAUAUCGGUUAAGUGGUCCAUUUGCAUGACUCGGGCCAUAUUCGAGGAAUUAAUACUCUGUCUAUAUGCUUUGUAUCGUUAUGCUCAUAUGUGCCCUACCUUAUGAUGUUUAUUGAGGGUGAGGAUAUUAUUAUGUAAGUUGUUGAGUUUUUCUCAACAUAAUGGUAUUAUCAGCCAGCUCAAAAUGCCCGUGAACACUUUAAAAAAACAAACCAUUCAUUCAUACUUUCACAUUCAUGUUUACAAACGGUCUUUCAUAUUUUCAAAAACUUCAGUGCAUUAACAAAAUAACUGACUAGCAUUUACACCCUCCAAAUAAAAAAGUUGUUAAAACUUAAGUAAUCUUGAAUUUGUCACCCCCAAAAAAUUGCAGUUGCGAUUUCUCUUUUGCUCUCAAAUUGUAAUUGUAUUCUAUUUCUGCUCUCAAAAUCAAACUUCUUGUUUUUCUCGAUUUCUCUUUUUCUCUCAAAAUGUAAUUGUAUUAUAUUUCUUCUCUCAAAAUCAAACUUCUUAUUUUUCUCAGACUUCUUAGACAAUUUGAGACAUAUUGUUUUCAAUAUUGUGCUCUUGGCUAAUAUUGACUUUAAUAUGUCCUUCACUUAGGAACUGCUGAGCUUGAACCCUCGUUUCUGUUGGUACAUCAAUUUGUACAGGAAGUAGUCCCAUUCUUUCUAGCCUUCUCUUUACUUUGUGAGGGUUCUUGUAAUUGUUUCCCCCCUUAAAUUGAAGUAUUUCAAGCAUACACUAUUGCAAAUGCAGCCAUGUGUAGUUCAACGAUUUUGGGUCAAAAACAUUGUAUGCAUGUUCAACUGAUUUUAUCAGCUCGGCCACUGAUUUUGGAAAUUCUUUGUAUUGAAUGGAUUGUAUAG